AUGAUUGUGGAUUUGGUGAGUGCUGCUCGACAAGCAGAUUGGGAUCGAGCUCGCGAACUCCUUUAUCAUCACUGGGGCUCGGAAUGUCCAAAGCUGUAUGCGCCCAAUCCUGAACAUCCUUGGGAAGUUGCUCAAGAUGACAAAGAUAUUAAUUCGGCACUGUUCGUUCCGCUAGCAGGCGCAUUCUGUGCAAACUCCUCAGUGACUGACUCUUCCCUACGGCCUCUUAUCGAACAAGCUGGUCUUUCCUCUGAAAGGCGUCGGCCAGGUCAAAUAUGUGGUCAUGUUUUCAAGAGCGGCGAACUCACAUACAGCUGCAAGGACUGCGCAACUGACGCCACAUGUGUUAUGUGUCAUGAAUGUUUUCAUUUAUCAGAGCACAAAGCUCAUAAAUACAAGAUGCACACAUCCACGGGUGCCGGUUACUGUGACUGCGGCGACAAGGAUGCCUGGAGAAGCGGCUAUGCAUGUAAGAUACACGAAAAUGACGAGAGCAUCACUGUCCCGUUCUCACUACCAGAAUCUCUCGAAAUGAGACUCCGUGGUCUGGCAUGCCUCAUUCUUCAGUAUUCGACAAAAUUGAUAUGCUGGGAGAAAGCUGACGUUCUGCCAAUUAACCUGACGAUGGUGCAAAUGGAAAAGCCAGAAGUGCCAAGUAUCGCUCCUUAUGUUACCGUUUUGUAUAAUGACGAGACACAUACUUAUGAAACGGUCAUUAGAGCGUUGGAAAUGUUCAUAAAUUGUACCAAAGAUCAAGCAAUGUUGAUUGCUACAAUAGUUGAUCGAGAAGGUCGAAGUUCGGUGAAGGUUGGACCCAAAGUUGACUGCGAGCGAGUCAAAUCCGAUAUUCAGCGGCGCACCCUUCGAGACGUGAAUAGGCGGACUGAAAAGGCUGGUCCUCUUGAUGUGAAAGUAAUGGACGGUGCUUUGGUGGCUCAUCAAAAUCAUGCCAUCGCGCUACUUGCUUGGCUGAACUCACAGAUAGAUUCUUUUCCUAUUCUCGGUACCAUCGUUGGGGAUAUAUUGCUGAACACAAUGGUUGAAAAGGACGAUGAUGAACUGGAAGCCCAGGAAACGAUACUCGUUCGACUCCUGCGAUUCGACAAAAAGAUGUGGAAAUCUGCGCGUGCCAAUACUCACCAAAUGCUUAUGAAGACCGUACUCAUGAACUUUGAGCAAAAAGUAUUCUUCUCAAAAACGUUUCUCGAGCACUAUGAUGAUAUUUACGCGGAGUUCAUAGAUGAUGAUCAUGACAUCGAUAUUUCCGUAGUCAGUCUUACCGUGCAAUUUUUGACGGUUCCCAGUAUAGCGAGGCGAUUAAUUGCCGAAGAUGGUGCCAUGCGGACUGUGUUCACAACACUUAUGAAGCACACCGAUAAAUUCACUAAAGAAGCACCGAAUGAUUUGUCUCGUUUCGACUUUGCUAAGCACUCAUUUCCCGUUACUGUGAGGAGGGGAAUUCACAUGAUGCGUGAUCUUGCGUAUAUCUUAACCUGUGUUCCUUCUCAUGCGGACUGGACAGAUCAGUUGAGGGAACGAUUUUUGGAAGGAUGCCAAUCUUUAAUACAAUUUUUGCAUCGCAUGCAGGGAAUGGAUGAGGUGAAGCGUCUCUCCGUGGAGCAUCAGGUGUGGGAACUGGAGUGGGAAACUGCUUUCAACAUUCAACUACGCAUACAGGAUAGCCUCGGAUACGUUAUAGCUUGGGCAGGAUCUGAUCGCGCAGUUCAUCGUGCGUUCCUACGCCUUUGCCUUGAUGCACUUCUGCUUCACCCUCCUUCAUGCUUGGAAGAACCGGCAGGGGCUACUCAUACCGUUGUUGAUAUUAACGGAGAAUCGACUGUCAUAAGUCCGUUUGACGUCCUUCGUGGUGCGGUUUCCAUCCACCAACCGUUAUGGCGUCUAACUGCAGGACUAUUCACUGUUAGUAGCGAUCUGUUGCAUUUCCUAUUGGUUCCUGAAUCCAAUGAUUUCACAAAUGAUGAGAAAUACAUCCGUCAGCAAAUGAGAAAAAUGGCAACUAUACUGUAUGAGAUGCCUCUCAGGGCUCUCGUUUUGUGUGCUCAAGCUUCCGCCCAGCUAUGGCGUCGCAAUGGAUUCUCUCUAGUGAAUCAAAUUCACAAUUAUUACUCACCUCUCUGUCGAACGGAAAUGUUCGACAGAGACUUGUUGAUGAUGCAGGUUGGAGCCGCUAUCCGCCCACCGACUGAUUUUCUGCUGCACAUCAUAUGCCGGUUCCGACUAGUCCAGUGGGCUGAUCAGUCUGGUGAUGGCGGAUCGAAACAUUCCACACCGUUCGGAAAAAUGGAACCCGAAGAAACUGGGAAAAUCAUCGUCAUACUAGCAGAAGAAAUGCUGCAUUUGCUGAUCAUGAUACUUGGAGAACGAUACCAUCCUGGUGUGGGAAGGUGCACGUUUACGGAGCAAGUACAGCGUGAAGUCAUCCAUGUGCUUUGUACCGGACCACAACCUUUCAGUCAUAUCCAAAAGAGGAUGUCUCAUGAUCCUAUGGUGGAGCGCAUAUCGUUGCAUGAAGUCGUCAACACUGUCGCGAACUUUGUCAAACCAACGACAACCUCCGCUGGACAGUUUUAUCUGAAGGAGUCAUUACUCACUGAAUACAAUCCCUUCUUCUAUCACUACUCGAAAAGCGAUCUUUCGCAGGCCGAACAAUACCAGCAAAAAAUACGCUCAAAGCUUGAUCGCUACAAGCGUGUCCACCGCCCAUGCCUGUUGGAGUUUGAACCAUUCUUCGCUUCAGUUCGAAACAUAUUGAAGACUCCAUGUCUAAUCAAAAUUCUGAAACUGGUUCUGGAUAGAACAGGAAAACGGAGUCGCUUUUCGAGCAUUGUUUUGAUGAUCGGUAUGGGUCUGCAAGAGCAAGCACGGGAUCCCAAACGUUUCAACUUCACUGAAGUAGCAGAAAAAGAAGAGAUUCUCCAUUCGCUGGAUUCUCUUUCUGGUUCAGCUGAAGUUGCCACUCAUGCGGACCUACUUUGGUGGACCAUACAGAAGUACAAAGAAGUUCAACGUCUCUCCACAACUGGGCAAACAACGGAGAGGCGUGGUGAGGUGAUAGAUAGCCAAGAAAAUCCCAACGAUGCAAAGCAAAGCGAGCUGCUCGGGCGGCGAAGAUGCUCCUUGGAAACAGAGAGUCCAUCUUUGGCGGAACCAGUUGCCAAUGAGGGUGCAUUGAGUGAAUUUCGUGGCGAUGAUGAUGAAGAUUUUGUGAGCAAGCAACAAGACCACGGUUUCCCUGUUUGUUUGGGUCCACAGAGAAGUCGUGUGGAGGAAGUGUUGCCACGAAAAGUGACUUGCAUACUUUGUCAAGAAGAAGAGACACUUUCUCCUGAUAACGGAAGAUGUGGGUCGUUGCUCUUUGCACAGCGCGGUGAACCAGAAACUGAAGCAAAGUUGCGAGACUUAGCCCCAGCGAAUCUUCUCUUUGGUGUUGAUGCUUCGACAUGUUCACACACAAUGCAUUAUGAAUGUUUCCAUAGCCUUUCGGAAACCCUUCUCAGCAGAGAACGUCAACGACCGCGUCAGCAGAUGGUUCUCAAUCAAAAAAUGGUUGAUCCAGAGGUGGGGGAGUACCUAUGUCCGCUCUGCAAACGUCUUUCGAAUACUGCUAUGCCUUUGCUGCCUGCAUUACAACUAAUGGACAUUGAUGGUUUUUCCACUGCUAGCAACGAAGAACCUGAAACUUUCGAUAGUUGGGUGAGCCGAAUGAAAAGUUUGCUUGAUACUCCUCUUGUUCGACAAACUCCAACACAGAAACCGAAAUCGCAUAGCAGAAAGAGGUCUCACUCUGAGCGCUCUCUUCUGGAGCUUGCCAAACAAGGAGAUGAGCUGUCCACAAUGCCACUGGACAAUUCGCUGUCGACAUCCGGUGCCAUCUGCUUCGGCUAUGUCGCUGUUACUGGGCCAAAAUACUUCAACUAG